AAGAUACCCGCAAUGAUUUGGUAGUUGCUGGAGAUAAUGAAGAAGCAUUUGACGAAGAGAUAGUUGAUGAGGAAGAUGAAGAAGCAUUUAAUAAUAAUGAGAAGAUGAUAAUUGAUGAUGAGAUAUUUGAAGAAAUAACUGAUAAUGAGAUGUUUGAUGAAGAAAUAAUCGAUGGUAACAUGUUUGAUGAAGAAAUAGUUGAUAAUGAGGUAUCUGAAAAUUUUUAUGAAAUAGAUAUCGAUGAAGAGUGGACUAAUUAA